AAGCUCCCCCCUUCUUUCUCUUUCAUCACCUUAAUCGUCCCUUCGAUGUUCGUUGUUUGUAUAUAUAUUUUCCCUUUUUAUUAAAUUCGUAAAUAUCUGCUUAAACUUGGCUACUUGUCUCCUUCUGCAAAAGUAGUACAUCAUUCUUUCUAUUCCAACACAUUACCACUUCAGGCAACAUGUCACUACGGGAGAGGCAUCCUUUACUAUCGUACCAACCUUUGAGACUCAUAUUUCAGCUCUCAUAUUCUGCUCUAAUAAUCACACGCCUACCCUAUGAUGCCGCCGUCGCUCUCAUCCCCUCUUGGAGACCAGAUCCAAGUUGGACCGCGAAGCAGACCUUCAUGACCCGUGUUUUGUAUUCGCUGCUCGAUAUGACCUCUCGUGUGGGGAUCACAGAGACACUCACCUUGCGGAAGGGUAAGGAAGGAGAUAGAUUUCAGCUCGUAACGCCGUCUAGCUUGGACGUUUACAGAGGACCAUUAGCAUCCAAAAGCACCCAACCCACAACCAUUGGAGGGACCUGGUUCCCGCGGGUUCCGGGCCCAGACGUGAUCUCAAAAACGGUCAUGCUUUAUUUUCACGGUGGGGCUUUCAUCGCAGGGGAUGGGCGGGACGCGCAAUGUGGGUCUAUUGCCGCGAAGUUGCUCGAGAAGGGAGGGGCAGAUGCCGUCUUCUCCCUGCAGUACCGUCUCUCCGGGUACGGCGGGCAGAACCCGUUCCCAGCCGCGCUACAAGACGCGCUAUCCAGCUAUCUUUUCCUUCUAAACGAGCUCCAUAUCCCAGCGAGCCAGAUAAUCCUAGCUGGCGAUAGUUCCGGCGGAAACCUCGCCACUGCUCUGCUGCGGUACCUUCACCAGUUUGAGGCUGAGAUCGGCGUUCCUUUGCCUAGAUGCGCCGUGCUGCUUUCGCCCUGGGUCGCGCCCUUCCACUACAACAUGGACGACAACCCGCACCGCAGCACAGACUUCAUCCCCUCGACGUACCCGUCCUGGGGUGCGCAUGCCUACGCGGAUGGCUGGCCGGGCGGCGCGUCCGAUCCGUACGUCACCCCCUUGGGCAAUCCCUUCCGGAUAUCUGUGCCCAUAUUCGCCAACGCGGGCACCGCCGAGCUGCUCUUGGAGGACAUCACGCAGUGGGUGGAGGAGAUGCGGAAAGUAGACGGGAAUGUCGUGGAGCUGAACCUCGAACAGGCUGCCGUGCACGACACGUUCUUGUCUGGUGAUGUAAUUGGAUUCUCGGAGAGCGCUGGGACAGUGGCAACGCGAAUCGGAGAGUUCGUGCGUAGGUUCUAGUUAGGUACCUAGCAGUAUAUGGCUUCCGAGAUCGUAUCAGUAUCUUGAGGAGAGAGCUCUUACAAAUGAAAGUCAACUAGCCGAGCUUGUAGGUGUAGUUGUGUGUCUGACAGGCAGGUCAUUUCUGGACUUAAAUAUGUACGCGAGAUAUGUGUCUACGAAUAGGUACCUAACCUAGGCACCUCUGUAAGCUGCCUUUCACAACUCCAUAGAAAAAUAGUUUAUGUAUUUCUUGGUGAUGAUAAGAU